AUGAGCGACGAGGUUUACGACGGUGCCAUCGGUAUCGAUCUUGGUACCACCUACUCUUGCGUUGCCAACUACGACGGUAACAAUGUCGAGAUCAUCGCCAACGAGCAGGGUUCUUUCACCACCCCUUCUUUCGUCUCCUUCACCGCUGAGGAGCGUCUGAUCGGUGAGGCCGCCAAGAACCAGGCCGCCAUGAACCCCGCCAACACUGUCUUCGAUGUCAAGCGUUUGAUCGGUCGUAGAUUCGAUGACCCCACCGUCAAGAAGGAUAUUGAGUCGUGGCCCUUCAAGAUCGUCGACAACGCUGGUGCCCCCAUGGUCCAGGAGAUCUCUUCCAUGGUCCUCCUCAAGAUGAAGGAGGUCGCUGAGGUCAAGCUCGGCAAGAAGGUCGCUAAGGCCGUCGUCACCGUUCCCGCCUACUUCAACGACAACCAGCGUCAAGCCACCAAGGACGCCGGUGCCAUCUCUGGCCUCAACGUUCUCCGUAUCAUCAACGAGCCCACCGCUGCCGCUAUCGCCUACGGUCUCGGUUCCGGAAAGUCCGAGAAGGAGCGCAACGUCCUCAUCUACGAUCUCGGUGGUGGUACUUUCGAUGUUUCCCUCCUCCACAUCCAGGGUGGUGUCUUCACUGUCAAGGCCACCGCUGGUGACACCCACUUGGGUGGUCAGGACUUCGACACCAACCUCCUUGAGCACUUCAAGAAGGAAUUCACCCGCAAGACCAAGAAGGACCUUUCCGGUGACGCCCGUGCCCUCCGUCGUCUGAGAACCGCUUGCGAGCGUGCCAAGCGUACUCUUUCCAACGGUACCCAGGCCACCGUCGAGAUCGACUCCCUCUUCGACGGCGAGGACUUCAACGCCAACAUCACCCGUGCUCGUUUCGAGGACAUCAACGCCAAGGCCUUCAACGGCACCAUCCAGCCUGUUGAGCAGGUCCUCAAGGACGCCAACAUCGAGAAGUCCAAGGUUGACGAGAUCGUCCUUGUUGGUGGUUCCACCCGUAUUCCCCGUAUCCAGAAGCUCCUUUCCGACUUCUUCAACGGCAAGAAGCUCGAGAAGAGCAUCAACCCCGACGAGGCCGUCGCCUACGGUGCCGCCGUCCAGGCCGGUAUCCUCUCCGGAAAGGCCACCUCCGCCGACACCGCUGACCUCCUCCUUCUCGAUGUCUGCCCUCUCUCCCUUGGUGUUGCUAUGGAGGGUAACAUCUUCGCCCCCGUCGUUCCCCGCGGUACCACCGUUCCCACCAUCAAGAAGAGAACCUUCACCACCGUCGCUGACGGACAAACAACUGUUCAAUUCCCCGUCUACCAAGGAGAGAGAAGUGAAUGCGCCCACAACACCUCGCUAGGUGAAUUCACUCUCGCUCCCAUCCCCCACAUGCGCGCCGGUGAGGCCGUCCUCGAGUGUGUCUUCGAGGUCGAUGUCAACGGUAUCCUGAAGGUCACCGCUACCGAGAAGACCUCCGGCCGCAGCGCCAACAUCACCAUCUCCAACUCUGUUGGUAAGCUCAGCUCCGCUGAGAUCGACAAGAUGGUUGAGGAUGCCGCCAAGUUCAAGUCCUCCGACGAGGCCUUCACCAAGAAGUUCGAGUCCCGCCAGCAGCUCGAGUCCUACAUCUCCCGUGUCGAGGAGAUCGUCUCGGACCCUACCCUCUCGCUCAAGCUCAAGCGCAACCAGAAGGAGAAGAUCGAGUCUGCUCUCAGCGACGCCAUGGCCCAGCUCGAGAUCGAGGACUCCUCUGCCGACGACCUCAAGAAGAAGGAGUUGGCCCUCAAGCGUGUCGUUACCAAGGCCAUGUCCACCAGGUAA